AUGUCUCACCUACUAUUUGCCUUACUUUCAUUGUUUUCCUUUGCUGCCCUUCUGGAAGCACAGUGGAAACUUAAGGAAAAUGUGUAUGUCAUAGAAUCUGAGUGGGAUGAUGAGACACCAGCUAAAAGAGUGGAGCUUACCUGUGACACUGAUGAAGCACUGCCAGUUUACUGGGAAAAGGACACUGAACUUAAAGGAACUGGAAAGACUCUGGUUGUUGAAAUGAAAGAGUUCCCAGAUGCUGGCAACUACACCUGUCUGACAGCUAAUACCCAUGAAAUCAUCAGCUAUCAUUUCUUCCUCAUAACUAAAAUAGACUCCAGUGGGCAAAUGAUAAGGUCAAUUCUGAAAAGCUAUGAAGAGCCAAACAGGACAUUUUUAAAAUGCAAGGCAAAGAACUACUCUGGAAUUUUCACGUGUUCAUGGAUGACAGAAAAUGAGAGUCCAAAUGUGAAGUUCACAAUCAGGAGUCUGGAAGGCUCUCAAGGAGAUGUAACCUGCAGCAGCCCUGUAGCUCAUACCAUUAAAUCAGGCACCGAAUACACAGUCCAGUGCCAGAAAGAAAACUACUGUCCAUUUGCUGAAGAGCAUCAGCCAAUUGAGAUGUUCCUGGAGGUCAUUGAUGAAGUGGAAUAUGAGAACUACACUAGAAGCUUCUUCAUCAGAGACAUCAUAAAACCUGACCCACCCCAAUGUCACUAUACAGCUGCAAAUGGAACAGUCACCUGGACAUAUCCCAGAACAUGGAGCACACCAAAGUCCUACUUCCCUUUGACUUUCAGGGUCAAAGUUGAAAGUCCAAAGAAACACAGCAUCCAGGUCUAUGAUGCUGAUGAGCAGUCUAUUCAGAUUCCAGGAGCUAGGCCAAAAGACAAGAUCUCAGUGCAGGCCAGGGAUCGCUAUUACAAUUCCUCCUGGAGUGAGUGGUCCUCACUUUGCAGAUAACCAGUGAGAGAUUCUCGCUCUAAAGAAAACAAAGAAUGAGUGAACAAAAGAACAUAAGCAUAAUUAGGACAAAAAAACUGCAUUUGAGAUGAUUAAGAAGCUGUAGCAGAGAUGUUCUGUAAUAGGCUAACACAGUCCUGAUUCUGGCAGCUCUUUUAAAUUCCCCAGAUUUGAGUCACACCAUGUUAUAUUAACAUGUAGGGUAGUUUGAGACAUUGCUGCCAGCUGCUACUGUAGGUUCUGCAUCUAACUCUGUUGCACUUAUUUAUUUGUUUACUUCCUUGUUUGUUUAUUUAUUAUUAUUUAUUUAGGUGACUUGCUUCCAGAUAAUGGCUCUUACUAUUCAAACUGUUUCA